AUGAGUAACAUAAAAAGUUUUAAUGGUGUAAAUAAUACAUCAACAAAUAGCAGUAAUAAUAAUAAUAAUAAUAAUAGUAAAUUACCAACAACAACAUCACAAAUCAAUUAUUUAAAGAGUCAACAUUUAACAUCUACACAUCAUCAGAGGUCAACUUCAUCACCUCCCAUAUCAACACCAGCACCAUUACAACCACCACCUCUACUACCAAUUGGUGUAGUUAAUAAUAAUAAUAAUAGUAAUAACAAUAGUAAUAACAAUAAUAAUAAUGUAAAUGCAUCAACAAGUGGAUCGACUACACCAAGUACAACACCAACAUCACCACUUUCACCGAUUAAUAGUAUUACUAAUUUCGCUAGUAACAAUCCAUUGAAAUCAUCGUAUGAACAACUACGCGAUACUCUGGUGGACUAUGAGUUUGACGGAGAAGUCAUCAUCAAGGACGUCUCGGAGGAGGACGUCUUGUUUGGCGAGGAAGACACUGAGAGUUACGAUGAGUCAUACGAGGACGAUGAAGACGAAGGCAACGGCGUGGUUCCAGACGAUUCCAGCAGUACAAACAGCAGUAUCAUCGAGGAGGAAGAAGAGGAGUUGAAAUCACCUUCGACAGGCCGCGCCUACAGCUACACAAUCGCCUCUGCAAAACCUGAAGUGGAACUGAGCAACAGUCCAAGCAACAAUAACAACAACAGCGGUAGUGCAAUAAAUAGAUCAUCGAUUAUACUAAGUAGACACGAACGUUCGGAAUCAACAAUCAUUCACCCCGAUAUCAAACCUCCAACGAUCAAUAUCAACACGGUUGGAAGUGCCAGUGGCAGUGGCGCGCAAGUCGUCGCUCGCGUUACAUCGACAGGCUCACUCAAAUCACCGAGCAAACAGAAAGAUUCUUCAAAUGCAACAGGAUCACUAAAGUCCAACGAGAAGGCAACUCAAUUCAAAGAAACAAUCUCAUCGGAAUACAAAAAGAUGUUGGACAACCCCGAGGAAUUUAGAGCACAGAAAUUAAAACAAAGAAAAUCGAAAUUUUUUACAAAAGAAGAUAUUGCUAAUUUUCAUCCAUCAUCUGGUACUCAAAUGAAAUCGAAAUUUUACAAACAGUUUAUUGAAGAAAAGUUGUCGGCUAUUCACGACAAUGUAGAAAAAUAUAAAUCAGAUUUAAUUAAAAACUAUAGUAUAGAGUUGACAACAACAAGAAGUAGUGGUCCGAUUUCAUUUAAUAAUUUAACUGUAAAACCUGCAGCUCAACUUAAACCAAAAGAAGUUACAAAAGAUAGAAAAAUACAAAGAAAUAGAAGUUAUAGUCAACCUAUAGAUAUGAGUACAGCACCAAAGACACCGAUGGGUAUGACUCUGGAGGCUGUUAUUUCACGUGAAAAUAAUAGAGAUGCAACCAACAGAAAGAUACCAUUGUUAGUUACAAAGUGUAUUGACUUUUUAUGGGUUGAUAAAGCUUUAGAUACAGAAGGUCUAUUUAGAGUUGGUGGAAAUCAAUCGGAAGUUGAAACUUUGAUGAAAUCAUUGCUCCAACAUGGAUUCGAUAUACCGGCGGAUUGUUGUGUUCACGUAGUUUCUAGCACACUUAAAAAGUUUUUAAGACAACUAUCGGUGCCUGUAUUUACAUUUAAAUAUCAUAAUGAUUUUAUAAAGACACAAAAAUUAAAUGAUAAUGAGAAAUCAGGUGCUAUUAAACAGUUGGUUUUGGGAUUACCAGAGUAUAAUCAAUGUUUAAUCAAAGAGUUGAUGAGAUUUUUGGUGGAUGUAACCAAGCAUAGUUCAAGCAAUAUGAUGCACGCGCACAAUUUAGGUUUGAUGUUUGGUCCGAGUCUGAUGAAAUCACCAGAGGAAAACGUAUUGUCUAUAAUGUUGGAUUCAAGUAGUCAGGUUAUCACUCAUAUACUAGAGAAUUAUAAUCAAAUUUUCGAUUGA